AUGUUUCAUAAUUUUAUUUUUAGAAAUUGUAGCAGGAAAGAAUAUUUACAUUUUCAAAAAAAAACCCCCUUGGUUGAUUCCUUUAACAAUAAUGAAUUGUUACGUGGCAGUAACGGGAAAGAAUCUUCUUUAUGUUCCCAAAUGAGUUAA